GGUAAGCUCACAUCCACCCAAAUGCCCUGAUCACAGAAGUAAGCUGCCAUCCACCUAACAUACCUGUCAAGUAUCCCGUUUUGGCCGGGAAAGUCCCGUAAUUUACCCUUCUUUCCCGCCGUCCUCCCGUAUUAGUAUUUUCCUGUAAAUCUCCCGUAUUUUAACCUGCGUUAUUUAAAAAAAAAUGUCCCCCCAAAAAAAAUCUGAGCUCUGUCACUAGCUUCGCGAUAACUACCACCUGCAGUAGCCUACUACACGGGGAAAAAAACACAGGAAAAAAAGAAGAAAAAAACAGACAGAUGAUGGACGCCAGGACAGAGAAGGAAGGCACUCCUGCCAAAAAACCAAAACCCUCGUGUAAAUACCAUGAUCAAAGGGACAACAAAUUUAUUUCUCUGAAGAAGAGCAGGGUGGGGGACAGUCAGGCGUUUUGUAAAAUUUGUAACUGCGACUUUAGCAUCGCACACGGGGGAAGGAAUGAUGUAUGCCAGCAUGACAAAUCCGCCAAGCAGAAGCGCGGGCUAAUGGCACAAAAACAUGCCCAGGCGAUGUCAGCAUUCGUGACGAGAAAUGCCACUGAGGCAGACCAGGUCACAAGUGCAGAGGUAAAAAUGGCAAUGCUGUGUGCCAAAAACAACAUUCCUUUCUCCUUCCAUGAUGACUUCAACAAGUGUGUAGCUGACAUGUUCCCGGACUCUGCUAUUGCACGAAAAUACUCAACGGGAAAAACGAAGGCUACUCAACUCAUCAAAGACAAAGAAUUCGUCAUCCUGACUAGACUCUACGAUGAGGCCACUCUGCAGGUCGCUACAAGAUUCCUGGAGAUGCCUACAUGCAAUGUAGGAAAUGCAGAAAAUCUGUAUGGAAAGCUGAGUGAGGCAUUAAGAAAAAGAGGCAUCCCAUGGGAAAACCUGAUUGCCUUUAACUCUGAUAAUGCAAGUGUUAUGAAAGGCCAACAUAACUCGGUCAUCAGCAGACUGAAGACCAGCCAGCCCCACAUCCAGGACCUUGGCUGCAUCUGCCACCUGGUACAGCUGGCCACUGGCUGUGGCAUCAGAGCAGCCCAGGUACCGGUGGAAGACAUCCUGGUGGGGAUAUACACCCACUUUGAUAAAAGUGCAAAAAGAUGUUAAGUCUACAAAGAGUUUGUAGACUUCACUGAUUCAGACCACCUGAAGCUCCUCAGGUACUGCAGCACAAGAUGGCUAAGUCUGUUAACCUGCAUCCAGAGGGUGCUGAACCAGUGGGAUGCACUACAGUCAGAGGGAGUACAAAUUCACAGACUUGAAGAGGAGAUGUGCAGGCUGAUAAAGAGGAUCCUGGGCUACCUCAUACCAGCCAGGGCAAUCGUGGGUGUACCUCUCAGGGAGGUGGAGUAUGGAGAUGGACAUCAGUUGGCUGAUGAAGAUCUCUUUAUCGGAGCAGACACAAAGGCAUUCAUGAGAAGCGCUGAGCUCCCUGUGUCAGCCGAGAAGAAAAUCUUUCAAACUGUGAGAAGCUUCUAUGAGGCAGUGCUUAAGAAGAUGUUCUCCACCUUUCCCCUCGACCAUCCACUCCUGAGGGACCUGAAAGUGCUGGACCCUGCAGCUCGUCUUAACAUAACUCCAGGGACAGGUAGAUAAUAGAAAGAGUUUCCAAUAGGCUUUAUGCCCAGCUCCACUACUUACCCUAGCAACCACCCUAGCAAUGGUCAGACACACCUGGAUGUGUAGUGUAUUAGCAGUAACCUUAUAAGAGCAGAAUAAAUAUGGCUAUGUAAUAUGAACAAUGUAUGAACAAUAGGUACAUGUAUGUGCAAUGUAGUGGCAGUAUCAUUAUAGUAGUAGUAAGAACAAUAUAUAU